AUGGGCAAAGACGCUGCCCGGGCACCAGAGCACCCGCCGCAUGUGUGGGAAGCUCAACGGCGACGCUUCACUCAGCUGUACAAGGGCGAGAAGAGGAAGUUGGUGGAAGUGCAGAGGAUCAUGCAGGAUGAACAUGGCUUCUAUGCAACGGAAAGGCAGUACAAGCGAAAGAUUAAGCAAUGGAACCUUGAGAAGCACGCAAAGGCUGUCGAGAAAAGCCACGCACUGGUGACUUUGAAAGAAAUGGAUGCCAAACUGGAUUUGGGCUGCGUUUACAAGCUCAACGGCAAGAACAUAGCUGCUCACAAGCUGCGACGAUUUGCGAGAUCCCAUGGCCUUGAAGCACCCAGGAUUGUUCGGAAAAACAUGAGCAAUAAACGUCGCGCUACCGAAUCUCGCUCAAGAGACAUAACCACCAGCUUGGCUUUCUUGCUGGACAAUGCCCCUGGCAGUAAGGAAGUGCGGUUCGUUGACUUACACGAGCUAUUUGCCUCAGUUAUAUGCUUCCUAUGGUUCGAAUCGACGGAAUCUAUCACCUCCCUUUCUCGUCCCUUAUCAGCUGAAUCAGUUCCCACGAGCGGCUUUCGAGAAUGGACGAGGAUUGUUCUAAAGACGACACAACUGCCCCCAAAUGAUGUCAUACUAGCCAUGCUGUACAUUCAUCGAUUGAAACAGGUCAAUCCGAACGUCAUCGGUAAACCGGGGAGCGAGUACAGGCUCGCUACUGUAGCUUUGAUGCUAGCAAACAAGUUCCUUGAUGACAGUACGUACACGAACAAGACUUGGGCGGAUGUCACUGGCAUAUCAGUCGGAGAGGUGCACAUCAUGGAAGUCGAGUUUCUCUCGAAUAUGCGCUACUCGCUUAUGGCGUCGUCAUUACAGUGGGAUUCCUGGAACAAGCAGCUCGGGAAGCUCCAGGAAUUCCUUCAUCAAACGCCAGCAGAACCCGCUCGAAUCCAUGAGUCCCCAGAUGUUCCCCGGAGCGAGCAGCAAAGAGAUCCACCUCGAAUAGUCGAGCUUCCUGACGUGCCUCGAAACAACCGACACAUGAGAACGUGUCCCAUCAUCGAACUUCUGGACGGAUCUGACGACGAUCAGCGGGCAGCCCUACCUGGUUCUACGGAACCAGCGGCAGACACCAUACAGCACACCGAGAUACCCUAUGUUCAGCCAAGUAGUCAUCAAAGCGAUCUAGACAUCGAGAUGUCCGCCUCCAACGAGCCCCAGCCUCUUGGGACAAAGCUUGGAGCCGGCUUGGCUACGCGGGAUCCUAUGGGUCGUCGAUCCGAACUGUUACACCCCGUAGAGAUAGCCGCAUUACAUGCCGAGCGACAGACCACGCGCGACCUCCUACCAAGCCCCUCCACAUCCCCGAAGGCGUUCCAACUAGCCAGUUUAGACCUAGACCACGACAUCCUACCAAUGCCCGACGACACCCAAGACAUGGACGGCAUCAUAACAGCACCCAACACCGAAGCUCUCGACUACAUAGACGACCCGCUAUCGAAAUUCCUAGCGUCGUCGCCGCCCUUCCCAUUAACCCUGACCAUGGAGCUACCGCCGCCCCUGCCAAAUCUCGACGACGCCCUCCUCCUCCUCUGGACCGCCCAGGGCUCCGACGAGCUCCAAGAAGGCCCCAUUCCGGAUCUCGACGAUUAUCUUGAUUUGUCUUUGUGGGAGGAGGGUUGGAGCUCGAAUGGGCUGGCCUGGGAGUCGGUGUCGUUGGUGGAGGCUCCCGGCGCGAGCAGGGUAUCCGCGGAACGAGGUGCAGAACACGAUGGUGGAGAUCUGUUGAGAGUCACCGACGCAGACGCUUGCGACGAAGGAGGCUCGAUGGAAGUAGACGGCAAGGAAGGUAUUCGGUCGGACUAA